AAAUCUCACUUUCGAAGAUUCUGUUUUGGAGAUGAAGCCAGCAGGUCGGUUUCCGGUGAAAUAUAUAGGGCAAAAAACUGUAACUAGUAAACUGGUCAAGCCGUCGAGCAAGCGGCUUCCGACGGUAUCUAAAGCUAAAGCCCCUAAAAUUGUCAGGAUUUGUGUCACCGAUGGGGACGCCACAGAUUCUUCUAGCGACGAAUGUGAACGGGCGAGGCAUCAAAGGGUGAAAAGGCAUGUAAACGAAAUCAGGAUCGAAGAUUGUUCCGCUGUCAAUUCCUCCAAGCCAGCUAGCAAACAAAACAGGCUAACAUUUAAUAAAAGCAAUCAGGUAAAUAUGAUACCAAAGAAGCAACAGCAGCAGUGUUUAUCCAACGGCGUCAAGUAUCGUGGCGUUCGAGAAAGGCCGUGGGGGAGAUGGGCGGCCGAGAUCAGAGAUCCUACGAGUCGAACCAGGGUCUGGCUCGGUACUUAUGACACAGCUGAGGAAGCUGCUUUGGAGUAUGUCCGAGCCGCGAUUCGAAUCAAAGACCCUAAUGCUCUCACAAACUUUACGAAACUUCCGGUGAGACCUUCUACACCGGAGGUUGAUCUCGAAAUGAUUUCCGGGUAUGAGUCGGCUCACGACUCUUCGGAGCGCAGCGAAAGCCAGUGGAAACCCCUUGACGAACUCCAAAUAGAACACAGUAAUUUAUCAGAUGAGUAUUUAUUAGCAGAUCCAGGUGUUUUACGCGAUCACUUCAAUGCUGAUAAUCUUCAACCUAUAUUGUUUGAUGAAAUGAGUUUACCAGAAGACAUUUUCGAACUUGAUUAUGCUGAUAUUUCUGUAAAAUUAGAUGUUGAUUUCGGAUCUUGUACAUGGGAUGUCGAUAAUUACUAUUAA